AUGCCAACAAAAACUAUUAUAAAACAGUUUGCAUCAAAUAAGGACGACAAACGACGCGUGGAAAAAGCAUUAGAUGUGUCCGGCUUACCAUCGGGUAAAAAUGAUUCGCUUGCACAUAAUAAAUUUCAGUUUGAGGACUUUUACAAUUUGUACAAGAAUCUAACGCAGCGUUCCGAAGUGGAGAAGAUCUUUGAAGAACUGGUGGGAUCAUCAUCAAAACGAUGUACAAUGUCAACGCAACAGCUUGUAGACUUUCUCAAUAAGACUCAACGCGAUCCCAGGUUGAACGAGAUUCUUUAUCCAUAUGCAAAUCCAGCACGAGCUAAAGAACUCAUCGCCCAAUAUGAACCCAAUAAAUUCAAUGUACAGAAAGGUCAAUUGAGUUUAGAUGGAUUCUUGAGAUAUUUAAUGUCAGAUGAUAACCCAGUUAUGGCACUAAGUAAAUUAGAUUUGUGCGACGAUAUGGAGCAGCCAUUAUCUCAUUAUUUCAUCAAUUCUUCACAUAAUACCUAUUUGACUGGCCAUCAAUUGACUGGAAAAAGCUCCGUGGAAAUAUAUCGACAAGUCUUAUUAGCUGGAUGCAGAUGCGUCGAACUAGAUUUUUGGAAUAGCCGAACCGAGGAGCCAGUCAUUGUGCAUGGUUAUACUUUUGUUCCUGAUAUUUUUGCUAAAGAUGUGCUCGAGGCAAUUGCCGAGAGUGCAUUUAAAACUUCUGAGUUACCUGUGAUAUUAAGUUUUGAAAAUCAUUGUAAUCCUCGACAACAAGCCAAAAUAGCAAAUUAUUGUCGUGAGAUAUUUGGGGAUAUGUUAUUAGAUACGCCAUUAGAAUCUCAUCCAUUAGAAUCAAAUGUUGAACUCCCACCACCGUCGUUGUUGAAAGGAAAAAUUAUCAUCAAAAAUAAGAAGAAACACCAUCACCAUCAUCAUCAUCAUCACCAUAAAAAGUCAACGCAAAAUAAUCUCAACAAUUCAAAUACAGGAAAUUCCAAUACACAACAAUCAACAAUACCACCAACUAUUGACGAAGAGUCGACCAAUGUUCCGACUGGAAAUGGUGAUGCAAUCCAUCAUGCACCAAUGCUACAGAAUGUGCGUCAGAGUUCAAAAGAGAGUACCGGCUCAUCUAGCGAUGACAGUUCCAGCGAUGAUGAAUCAACUCAAACUGGUGCUACAAAUGUACCAACCGUAUUGGGAACACUACAAGCCGAAAAGGUUAAUCAUCAAAAAGAAAGUGAAGCUGGUGCCGAAAUUUCGGCACUCGUCAACUAUGUACAACCCGUUCAUUUUACAAGUUUUGAAGUUUCGGAAAAAAAAAAUCGGUGUUAUGAAAUGUCGUCAUUCGAUGAGAAACAAGCAACGACUUUGCUGAAAGAACGUCCCAUUGAAUUUGUCAAUUACAAUAAACAUCAAUUAUCACGUGUCUAUCCAGCUGGUACACGUUUCGACAGUUCAAAUUUUAUGCCACAGUUAUUUUGGAAUGCGGGUUGUCAAUUGGUGGCUUUAAAUUAUCAAACAUUGGAUCUGGCAAUGCAAUUGAAUUUGGGCAUUUUUGAAUACAAUCAACGGGCUGGAUAUCUGUUGAAACCGGAAUUUAUGCGACGAAAAGACCGGCGAUUAGAUCCAUUUGCCGAAAGCACGGUUGACGGUAUAAUUGCUGGUACUGUAUCGAUUACAGUACUAUCCGGACAAUUUUUGAGUGACAAGAAAGUUGGUUGUUAUGUUGAAGUCGACAUGUUUGGACUGCCAGCGGAUACAGUACGCAAGAAAUUUCGUACACGAUCUGUUCGUGAUAAUGCACUCAAUCCAAUUUUUGAUGAUGAACCGUUUGUUUUCAAAAAAGUGGUGCUACCUGAAUUGGCGAGCAUUCGAAUUGCGGCCUACGAAGAAGGUGGAAAAUUCAUUGGACAUCGUGUGCUACCUGUAAUUGGAUUAUGUCCAGGAUAUAAGCAUGUUACGCUACGCACAGAACUCGGCCUGCCGAUUCCAUUGGCAACGCUAUUUCUUUUAGUUGUCGUUAAGGAUUAUGUGCCCGAUGGUCUGUCUGAUUUUGCCGAAGCACUUGCCAAUCCAAUCAAAUAUCAAAGCGAACUGGAAAAACGUUCCCAACAAUUGGCCGUAUUUGAGGAUGGUGAACCAACCGAAGACGAUGCAUCCAAUUCAUUUGUGUUUGUCUCUUUAGGUUCCAAGAAGGAUUCGCGGUCACUUGAAGUAGUGCAAACAAGUCCAAAGCAUCGAGCCAGUAUUGUGGCCGCAUCGUCGCUCAGUAUGGACGCAUCGAUUGGCAAUGAUCAUGAUUUGAAUUUGAGUACAGCGUCUACACAACAUAUUCAACAUCAACUCUCACUGGAUCAGUCAUGUUCCACCAGCAAAGCAUCCGCAACACUCACCAGCAGCAGCACCAUUCCAAUAGCCAAUGAACUCAGUGAAUGCAAUGACAUUGUUGUUGAAUCAUUGGAGAAAAUUUUCGAUAACAAAUUGGUGCGCGAAAAACGGAUUGAAAUGGAAAAGAAAUUGGAAUCGAUGCGAAAAAAACAUGACAAAGAAAAGUUACGUGUUACAUCACAGCGCAGUGGAGAUUUAACCGAUGGCAUUCGUAAAUCCAAAUUUUACAUGAACAAUAAGUUGGUUAAACGGCUUAGCAAUAAAAACUUAGAUUUAACAGCGACAGUGCCUCCAUGUCCAAACGAUUUGACUGAAAGUGCUGAAACUGACAGCGGCGAACGAUCGAGUGGCGUACCACGAAGUCAAUCCGAACGACUGAUUUCAGUGUGUCGGGACUUUUCCACCAAUUACCAAGAAGUACAAGAGAAAUACCAUGAAAUUAUUUAUAGUACAGCGGACAAAGUAUUGCGAACAUCCCAAGCAAAUCAAAUGAAACAACUAAAAACUUGUUUGGAAAAAGAAACGAGCGAUGUUAUGCGACAGCUGAACAUUAUGCGUCGCAAUGAAGUUAAAUCGCUAUCUCUUGUACAUCGUGACCGUGAUGAAUUAGUCAGAAUGAAACGUGAAGUAGCUUCGUCAUUAGUUGAACGUGGUGUAGCUGAACGAGUCCGAUUGACUCAAGCGUACGAGAAGAAAAAGGCUGAAUUACAGAAACAGCAUGACACUGUUAAGAAUCAACUAAAUGACCACAAAGAAAAGGCUAAGACAUUGAUGGACAAAGAUUGUGAAUCUCGUCCGUGUUUUUCCUCCGAAGGUUUUUUGGUGCUUUUUUCGCAGAGUUCGUUGCAUGCAUCCAAUGAAAAUGGUGGUCCGUCAAGUGAAAAUACAAGCAACAAUAAAUCAAGCACAUCAGUGCAUUUGGAGUCUUAAAGGUGCAAAUUUUGAUAUUUUCCUGAUAAUUUUUCAUGAGUGAAUUCUCAACACAACACACACAUGCAUGAAAAAAACAAACAAAUACUCUUUGAAUCUCAUUGCAAACACGAAGUCGUGUUUUGAAUUUUCUAGUGAUUUACCUGUUGGUAUUGAGUUUUUCUGUUUCAAAAAAAUUAUUGUGAUUAAAAAUGAAACCAAUAAUCAGUGCGUUCCACAAUUUAAAUCCUAUUCAAAUCGCAGUAUAAAUGUGCAAUAGACAUAAAAUCGACACACAACAAAAAUAUAUUCAUAGAUUUAAUGCAAAUUUUAAAAUAAAUUCGAUAUUUGUCAAUGUGGAAUAUAUUAAAAACACAUUUGAUUCAUUAAAGUAACCAACACCAAUAUCGCAUUUUAUUAUUUUAAUGUCAUCGUGUAUUUGAUUGGCUUAGUACGACUAAUAUUAUAGAAAUCUAAAUUUCAGUCGAAUAUUUUUGAUUAUCAGAACCGACCAGACUGUGAUUUUAAAAUAAUAAAAUGUCAUGGUGUUUCAAUAGACAAAUUCUAUACUUAAAACUUUAAAAAGUUGUCAGACUUCAGCUACAAACCUAUGGUGCAAUAUACAACGUUGUAUUCACUCGGCUGCAUGAAAAAUACUCGAUUUUAAUUUACCCGACGUCGGACAAAGUAAAUUUUUCCAUCUGAAUUUUAACCAGCCGUAACCGGCGCUUGAAAUGAAUUUUUUUAAUUGUAUGUUACUUACCGAUUCAAAUAAUAGCCACCGAAUGAGAAUUUUAUCCGAAAUAAAAUUGAAAUGAAAAAACCGUCGAGUAAAAUUCAAUUUAUGCAUCGGAUAAAAUAAAAUCGGGUAUACAUAUUAUUCAGUCCCCCCUCCGACGUAAUCAACUGUAAAACGUGCAUGGUAUACACGUAUAUUCGAUUUCCAACACUCAUUCAAUGAUUCCAUUUUACUUCUUCAAAGAAAUAGUUUUAAUUGAUAUUUUCUGUAAAAUCAUUUUAAGCAGAUAAUUUAAAUUUUACAUGAAUAAAAAUUCAGUGUUUUGUUAUUUUGUUUUGAA